AUGCCCUCGGCGGGCCAACACUUUACUCGCGAGGACCUCGUCUCCCUCAAACGAUCGGAUAUCCAGAAAUUGUGCAAGGAAUAUGGAGUCCGUGCAAACAUGAAAACAGAAGCUCUUAUUGAGCUAUUGCUCGAUUCCCUCCAGUCAAAUAUGUCCCCGCUUGUCGGUCUGCGCAGACCACAACAGGCACCAGCACCACGACGAGUAUCAACCCGCUCAUCCACAAGAGUCUCUUCACUGCGCUCGAGGGGUACUUCUGGCUCGAGCUCAUCGACGUCUUUUGUUGCGUCUAGCAGUCACACUGUCUCAACCUCGUCACCUCGCACGAGCAAAUCAAAGCUUACACAAUAUAAGCUCGGCGUAGGGAGACCCUCCGCACCUGGUGCCGCAUCUCUCAGAAACGCGUCACGCUCGUCUAGCUCAUCCAGGCUUGGCCGUACGAAAAGCAGUCGCUCCUUCAAGCCACCCGAGGCAACUAUUCACGAAGGUGAAGUCUGUAUUUGGUUGGAAACCCGGGCUUCGACUGAUAAAUUAUUACCUCCAUCCGCAGAAUCCGAAACUUCUCAGCCUACCGUUGCAGUAGAGCAGCAUGCGGGUCCGAGUACAUCACGCGCUCAGGAAUGGCCGAAUGCACCAACUAUUGACAACAAUGACCUUACGAGUCGUUUGACGAGGCUUGAGAAUGCUUUCAGAGAGGCGGAUGUCAAGCGCCAGCUUGACUCUCUUAGAGAUAUACCAUCUCAAAUCGCGUAUCUGAAAGCGUCUAUGCAACAUCGCGAAGCCGAAAUAACUGGCCUUCGUGGGGAACUCAAUGUUUGCAAAGCAGAGGUCUUAGCUCUUCGAGGCGAGGUCUCGAAAAUUCCCUAUCUAGAGGGUCAAUUGAGAGCAAUGAAAGAUACUCUCGACUACCUUACCGCAGGUUCAAGCGCUGUUACAAAAGGCAAAAUGACUAGACGUGUUUCUACUCCUCUUGGUGAAAGUGACGUUAAUUCCAAUACUAACAGCAAGGGAACCUUGCUCAAUCCGUACCCAACCGAAAAUGCCGUGCCGCUGGCAAAAUCACCUGGACUGUCAGAAACGGCACUCGGUAAACGUCCUCGUGAUGCGGGCCUUAACAACAUCGAAGGAGGUGUAGAAGGAAGAGAAGGCAACGCUAUGACGCAGGGAGUGUAUACGAGACAAAACGCCCAUCCAGAUAGGAAACGCACGAGAACCGGCACGGAACGGCGACCUCUUCAGGAGAAAGCAAUUGAGCCUAAACCUGGUUCCGAAAAAGCAACAGCUUCGGGACACGAAAGCGGUGAAGAGUGUCUGGGCUCAGCCGGGACUUCGGCGUCGGGGCAGUCUACACAACCAUCUGUUACUACACCACCUGCGCCGCAUGUUUCCGAAUUUGCGAACGAGCUGAGUACUCAUCCAGAGGAACUCAGGUCAGAUGAAAUCGAUAUGUUGGACUUCUGCCAGGCUGCUUCUUCUACACCACGCGGCGAUCCAUUCAAUUUCUUUGAUGAUGGGGAGACCUUCUCGCAACUUUCGGUGACAAAGCUAGGAGCUCGUAUUGCGGCACUCGACAAUAGUAACCCUCAGAGUAUUAGUCCGCACCAGAACCAGAUAGCUCCGGAGCCGCGCCGUAUUUCUUCACAAGUCGCUCGUCCACGAACUCCGACACGGCCAUCUGGACAUGCUCGUUUCCGUCUCACCGUAGAUAACGUUAGCCCAAUCCGCGAGGAUGUUCCGUCCCCUUUCGAUCCGUACAGUGAUGGUGCAUUCGGCUUUCAGUUUGCUUCGGGCGGGAACGCAGGUGUAAAUGUCGUUCGACGUGAUACAUAUGGCCAGGAUCACAACCACGGGUUCAUUCCAGCGCCGAUGCCGAUUGCGCUCGGGUUUGGUUUAGGCACAGCAGCUGCGGGUGCGAUACCUGGCAGCUCACCUGCACGGCCUGCGUCGCGGACUAUGUAUGGUACUGAGUUGCAGAAUGAUACACGCUUCGGUGACUUUGGACGCGAUGGCAUCGCAACUUCGUCCAACAUGGACUUCUGGGGCAAUUUCUAA